UGGUUGAGAUACUUUCAUCGACGUUUGUAAAGAGAUACUAGAGUUAACUCUUGGCUAUUCUCAGCGCGCAAAUUAAAGGUACUGGAACGUCGAAAACACUAUUAUUUGUUGUGAUUUAUUUGAAAAGCAGACGUAAACAGUAGCCGGAAAGCAAAUAGGAUAUCCAACGGUCGUUUUAUCUACAAAACAACAGGCAAAAAACUGAACGAGGUCCCCGGUUGUAUGUCGUGAUAGCAGUUGUCGAGAGCUGAAACUCGCCACCGCCAUGGUUUUAAGUGAGAACGAUGCUGGUAAGGGCUUGACCACUGCCGCUGCGAAAGGGAAUACAGCCGAAGUGCGACGGAUGCUGGAGGAAUGCCGGGUGCAUCCAGACACGGUCAAUGAAUUUGGCCGCACUGCAUUACAGGUCAUGAUGAUGGGGAACACCAACGUGGCGUGUCUGCUGUUGGAGCACGGCGCGGACCCCAACAUCCAGGACCGUUUUGGUGUGACUCCCGCACAUGACGCCGCCCGCGGCGGUUUUCUCGACACCCUCCGGGCUCUUGUGGACUUCGGCGCGUCGGUUAACGUUCCAGACAACUCCGGGGCGCUGCCCAUCCACAUCGCCACCCGCGAGGGCUACAGAGACGUGGUGGAAUACCUGGCGCCGCGGUCCAACCUCAGCCAUCACAACACGAGUGGGGAGACGGCCCUGGAUGUCGCAAGGGCCACCUCCACGCCAGACGUGGUUGAACUGUUGGAACGUCAGUUAGAAUCUAGCCUGACAUUCCAGUCAUAGCAAGAAAACACGGGAGUUCCCGUACUCUCAUUCAUUUGCUUUUUGGUGAAAUUUCAUAUAUAGGAUUUGUAAUAAUGUGUAUCCUUAGAUUUUUCCUGUUGUGGUAGUUUGGUAGCCGCAUAGUAGCCUAUAGUGUCAACAUUUUUGGAGGAAAUGACACAUCUUUGUUUUUGCACAGCAACGUACCAUUGAAGGUACUGCAAACCUCGUUUCAUUUUGGGAGUUUGCCAUGCACAUUUGUAGAUUGACGAAUUGUCAUUUGUUUGUUCAUUUUUCUUGUCCAUUUUGUCUACGCACCCAGGUAGACAUUUGAGCUGUUGAUUUUUAUGAAAAUAUGAAAUGACGGCUGCACCUCCUCCCUUUGGUUGGUUUUGCAGUUUGCACUGAUGAAUUUGUAGCAACUUUUCUCUCUCUUUUUUUUUAAGAUGUAUGUGUUUGUUUCUUGUAUAUAAAAUGUAUGAAUUUAUAUGUACUAUUUAUUGAAAUAUUGUACAUAGGAAUUUUAUGUUUACCACUGUGGAAUGCUUAUUGUUAUUUAUGAAAAUACACAUAAACCCUACAAAAAUUUCGAUGUACUCACACUUCAUUUCUUUAGUACACAAAUAAAGUAUUGCCCAUAUUUA